AUGAUGGAAAACAACGUGUCUCACAUAAACAUGGCAGUUAUACGGGGUGCUGUCCAUGCUGGUACAGGAAACACUGCUUUGAACAAGAUUCUCGCUUGUGGCAAUGUUCCUAGUAUUUUUAAUGAUUUAUAUAAACGUUAUGAAAAAAUGGUCGGAGAGGCAAUAGAAAAGGAAGCCAAAGCUAGUUGUAAGCGUGCAGCAAUCCUACAGAGGGACUUAGUUAUUAAGAAUAUAGAAAAACUCAGCGACGAAUUGCCGCAGGAAAUUGUUUCAGACAUAUAUCCUCAUUACAUUGAUCUCAAGGCUUCACGUCUCUUAGUGAUGGUGCAGGAUUUUGUGCAGGGAUGA